AACUUGUGUUUUUCUAUACGUAAACUGAUUGGAAUACUCAAGUCGUAACCUUAAUAUUUCUUAAUAUUUUCAGUUUUAUAAAAGUAACAAGGAUUUAUCUCAGUAUACAUGAUUUUUGUUCGUAUUGCACAUUUUUUGUAUCAUAUUUUUCGGGAAGAGAGUGUUUUAUAUACUUCAAUUGAUUUCGAUUAACUUGCAAUUAACAAAAUCGAAUUAUGUACCGAACGUUUUGAAGGACAGAAUGUCUGUUAAGCCGCUUAAAUGUCGGUAAUAAAUAUCAGUAUUUCUACUUAAAGAUUUAAGAUACUUAGAAAUAUUAUUCAAAAUGGUUUCGAUAAAGUGGCUAAUGCUCUCUAUUGCAUUUGCGGUGAUUUUUAUAACGGCUACUAUACUCUACAUUCUUGGAGUUGUAAAAUACAUGACCGAUUAUGAAGAAAAUACAUGCGACAUGACAUAUAUGUUCGAAUAUCCGCAAUAUGUGCGAGUAUCUUUGAAAAAUGAUAUAGAAGAGAAAUAUCCACGAUUUGGACUGUACGCUUAUGGAGAAGGCUACGCAACAGAAAAAUUGAGAAGAAUGCAUUUUUCUGGAAUACCAGUUCUUUUCAUACCAGGCAAUGGUGGAUCUCAUGAACAAGUACGAUCUAUUGCUUCAGUAAGUUUAAAAAAAAGUCGAAGGUAUCCCUUCCAUUUUGAUUUUUUCACUGUUUCAUUCAAUAAGGAUUAUUCUGCAUUUUACGGAGGUGUACUUAUGGAACAAACUGAGUACGUCUCACAUUGUAUAAAGGCAAUAUUAGCUUUGUACAAGGGCAAGAUGGACAAUGUUGUGUUGAUUGGCCAUUCUAUGGGUGGUAUCAUAGCAAAAGGAGCACUUUUACUGGCACCCAAUAUGAAUACUUCGUUUGCUAGUAUGAUAAUAAACUUGGCUACUCCCAACACCCCUGCCUUAGUUCUUGAUCAUGUUUUUGCCAACUAUUAUUUGGAAUUGGAAAGUCAUUUACAUAAAAUUAAAGAUGCAGGAGUAAAAGUAGUAUCUAUUGGAGGUGGACCGCGCGAUAUAAUGGUAACUGCUACUCAAACAUUUGAUCCCACAGCAGACAUUAAUGUUCUCUCCACGAGUAUACCAACUGUUUGGAAAUCCACGGAUCAUUUGAGCAUUUUAUGGUGCAAGCAACUAGUGUUUGUAAUUGUUCGCUCACUAUUUGAUUCUGUGGAUUAUUUGGAGAAACCGCUGAAAAUUACAUCAAACUCCACUUUGAAGAUGCAAGCCCUGUCUUAUCAUUUUCAACAACAUACUUCAGGCAAGAAACUAUAUCAUUAUAAGGAAAAAGUUCAGUUUGAAACUGAUAGCGAAUGGGUGAACAUUGUACAUCAGCAGUAUGUUUGGACCAAUAAGAAUGUAUAUAAAAAAUCCUCUGUUAUAUAUCUGGCAGUGAAACUAUUUCAUGAAUUUGAUUUCUUAACCAUUGAUACAAUAAAUUUGGAAAAUAAGGAUUGGCUCUUUGUGUGUAAAGCAUUCAAAAGGCACGAUCAAGGAAAAAUUUGCGAAUGGGGUUGGAAUUUGACAAAUAAAACGAGAAUUUUACCUAAUCCUUUACAUCGAUCAAGAAAAAUAAUUGAUUUAAAUCUAAAAGAGAUCAAUUAUUUGGAUGUUACACAUGCUAUUGUAAAAAUAACUUCAGAUGAUUUGGAUGAUUAUCUUACAGUCAGCUUUGACUCUUAUUCUUACAAUAGUCAAAUCGAAUCAACGAGGAAUAGAUUCUUUCAACCUAAACAUUUUUUUCGCACUUAUUCUUUCGAAACCACCAAGGGAAACACAAGAUACUUUGUACAAUUUUUAAAAUUUACGAAUGUGAUGACUGUUGAUUUGAAGUCGCACGAUUGUACUAAACACCAUGCCAUUGUCGAAUUAAUAGAGCCGUGGAAUGUAGGAUCGAUUCAAUCGAGAUUUUUCACGAUUGCGGAUGAUAAUCCGAAAAUGAUGAAGCUACAGACUCCCAGUAGACGUUCUGAUGAAAUAGCAAAUUUAAGACUGACAUUAGAUCCAGAAUGCAGUUACACGAUUAAGAUUCAAUCAGAAGGAAUCAUCGACGAGAUCUCUUGUAGGAUACGGGAUCAUUGGCCGUCACUUUACAUGGCGAUUAUCAGUUUACUUAUCCUUCUCAUCUCUAUUAGAGUGCAUCUUAAUUCAGACACAGUACCGACAAUAAUCGUAACGAUAGUAUUGACCGUUUUAUUCAACGUUACUUUUGAAGCCCGUAUUGCUGUAUGUAUCAUCACAAUAGCUGCCGUUUCCACAUGCUGCUCUGUCAUAUUUUUCGGUUCUGUCGCACAUGGAAUAGCUGUCAAGUUUUUAGCACGUGCAAUAGCUUUUUCAACAAUGUGGUCAGACUGGUUACUGAGUGGUUUAUACCAAGUGCCGUUGUCAACAACCAUCUUCAUACUGUCUAUAAUUCCUGCAACAUGCGGGGCUCUAGCUAUGCUCAUUUCGGUAUUCCUGUACUAUUUGAAACUGACAAGGAUGUACGAAGAUUAUUUGGAGAAAGUAUUAUUGACUUCGCUUGAACAUUUCAAUAUAAUUAAACGUUUAAAGAGCAUAAGGGGCAGAGAAGAUGAGAAUGAAAACAGCAAUCAAAAUGUAUAUGAUCAUCUCAUCUUAUUCUUGUUAUGGAACUUUGCAGCGCUUCCAGCGAUUCCAUCUAUUUUAGUCUGGGCGAAGAAUUUCAGUUAUGAUAUGAGACUCAGCACAGAAGAUCCUGUACUUCUAAUAAGUUGGACAAUACUAGCUACUAGUGGUACACUGGAUACUGCACAAAUCUCUCCUAAUCGUAAAGGAUAUUGGUCGUUUACAUUAAGCCUUCUGUUACGCUUCAUAAGUUGGAUCAUCCUUGCAAUGAUGGCAAGUCCAUAUCCAUCCUUUUUCCAUUACUGCAUGCCACCUAUUACAGCCACAGUAGUAAUACUUUUGACAAUAAAUUCCAUAAUAAACAAACAGAUUUCAUAAAGGACAAUCUGUGUAAAAUAACGAUCGGCAAAGAUUGUGUUUAGACAAUUUUUCUUAUCUCAUUAGUUUUGUAGGAAGAUUUCAGUGAGAUUACUUGAGAUUACGACUAAAUUACAAUUGAUAUUAUUUAUAUUCCAACUGAAAAAUGAGAUCUGCGUAAAGAGAUAUGUAUAUACUG